AAUUAUUUUGUCUAUACUGUAGUACUAUUUCAUAACAACAUUUGUAUGCUGUUAGCCUGUUACCAUUAAUACUCCAUUAUACAAUUACUACUAUUAAUUCUCUUUAUACCAACAAUCACAACAAUUAUUAUAUUUUGUUAAAAAUUAAAAUAGUGAGUCCGCUUUACUCAAACAUCCAUCAUUUCCCUCUCUAAAAUUUCUUAAAGAUUUCCUGUGAGUUUAAGUUCCUUUUUCUUCCUACUCUUCUUCCUCGUUUCUAUCAAUGGUGAUCAAAUACAAUCGAUGAGAAGUUGCUGUUAAUACAGAUAGAGAAAUGGGGAUACGUGUCGUAAACGAAAAGUAGUGGAGGAGCAUUAAAGUAUAGCCCAAUGAAUGAGCUUUGAGCUGUUUGAGAGGCUUCCUCUCUGCUGUAAUAGAGAGAAAGCAAUAACUCUGUUCUCGAUUUAACCCACAACUUCACAUUCAAGACACAGUGAUCCACAUGCCCUCCUCCUUUUCUACCAAUUUCAUGCACAUCCCUCUCUCUGUCUCUUUAUUAUCAAAAGAAAAAACUAUCUUUGUUGUGUAUCAAGAAGAUGAAGAAACCAGGAUUUGUCUUCCUUUUGGCUGUCAUAAUCCUCUGUGUCUCACUCGUUUCUUCUGAAAUGAAAUUAGGUUUGGAGGACUACAACUUUCCAGUGGAUCCAUCUCCGACAGCAAAACAUUCGAUCGAACCAGGUCCUAUCGAGCAUGGAAACCCUUCGAAUCCUUAUAUUCCGAAGCCUCGUUCCUCUCCUCCUCCACAACCUCAAGACGGUGGUUAAAACCAAAUCUUAUCUGCUUCAGUAACUCCUUGUACUAACUUUCUUGUCUCGUACGCUAUGUUAAUUAGUUUCCUUAUUUGUCAUCUAAAUGGACUUGUUAUUGGUGUUCUUUGGGAUUCUAAUUGACAAAAUUUGAAAAUAUGGGCCUUGCAAGACUCAGUUUUAUCA